AUGGGGCUAAAUGAUACCUAUGCACCACAAAUGAGUCAAAUUCUGACGAUGCACCCAACACCUACUCUUGAUCAGGCCUACUCAAUGAUUGUGCAAGAGGGAAGCCAAAGGGUGAAUGUUGGCACAUCACAUGCUGAAAUUUUAGGGAGUACACCUUUGAAUUUAGAGAUUAGUGCAUUAGUUACUGCAAAUGCUUCGAAUGUGGGACCUAGGGAAAACAAUGGACUUGUGUGUGAUUAUUGUCACAUGAAGGGACACUCAAGAGAAUCAUGUUACAAACUAGUGGGAUAUCCUCCAGGUUUCAAGUUCAAUAACAAUAGGAGAAGAGGAACACAUGAGCAUCCUGGAAACAUGGCACACAAUGCACAUACUUCAGAGGUUCUUCAGAAUGCUGCACAUGGAAACAACAUACCAGCUGCAGUACCAACUGUCCAGCCAUUCACUACUCAGCAGUACCAACAAAUUCUCAGGAUGUUAAGCAAAGAGACUCAGCUAGAAGAUGUAGAAAACAUGGUAGGUAACUCACUUGAUAACCAAUGUAGUUGGAUCAUUGAUUCUGGUGCUUCUAACUAUAUGGUUUCAUCCGCGAAUCUAUUGUCAUCUUUUAAUCCAUUUUCUGAUCUUAAAUAUGCAACGACGCACUUACCUAAUGGAAACAAUACCAAAAUUACUCACAUAGGAACUUGUAAUUUACCUAAUUCUGAUGACCUCUUCAGUGGCAUGGUAAAUGGGAUUGGUAGGCUUGAGGGUGACCUAUACAUCCUCAGUCCUUCAACACAUGCUGUUGUUUCUUCUUCUAAGUGCAUGACCACUUCAGUUCACCAAAACACCAAUGCUCUGUGGCACAAAAGGCUGGGCCAUGCUCCUCUUCCAUCAGUAGGGAUGUUGUCUUCAAAGAAGACAUUUUCCCCUUCAAAUAUCCCAGAAACAAGUUUGUUGCCUGUCCUGAUUCUGCUCCUAAAUGUCCUACUUCUGAUUUUUUUUCCUGUCUCUGAUGUACAACCACUUGUUACACCAUCUUCUAGUGUUGAUCAUUCUAGUUUACCAGCUGAUUCUUCCUUCCCUCCAGAUUCACCAUCUCAUUCUUCCUUUUCCAGUCCUGCUACACCUGCCUUCUCACAUCCUCCAUAUUCAACUGAUCCUGCUACCCCUACACCAUCAUCCUCCCUUGUUGAUUCACCUUCUUUUCUACACCAACCAUUCUCACAAUCUUUACAGCCCAGGAAAUCCACUAGAACAUCUAGACCUCCCAUUUGGCUAACUGACUAUGUUCACCCUCUUUUGCCUUACAUUUCUUCCCCUUAUCCCAUUCAACAAUUUGUGUCUUAUUCUCAUCUUCCUUUCCAUUUUCAGUCCUUCCUUGCCUCUUUUCAUCAGACACUGAGCCUUCUUCUUACUCUCAAGCCAUCAGAGAUGACAGGUGGAUUCAAGCAAUGA